AUGCCCUUGCCCUCCAAGAAGGACCUUAAGAUUGCCCUGGAAGUUUUUGCUCUUUUCCAGUGGAUCUUGAGUGCCUUUAUUAUGGGAGUCACCGCAGGCUUUGUCAGCCUCUACCUGGUGCUGUUCACGCCCUACUGGCCUGUCACUGUGCUCAUUCUCACCUGGCUGGCUUUCGACUGGAAGACCCCCCAGCAAGGUGGCCGCCGGUUAGCCUGUAUAAGGAGAUGGUGCAUAUGGAAACACUACUGUGAUUACUUUCCUCUCAAGCUUUUGAAGACUCAUGAUAUCUCCCCCAACCACAACUACAUCCUUGUGUGCCACCCUCAUGGGCUUUUUUCCCACUCAUGCUUUGGCCACUUUGCCACAGACACCUCCGGCUUCUCCAAGAUCUUUCCUGGUAUCACUCCUUAUGUGCUCACACUGGGAGUCUUAUUCUGGGUGCCGCUUCUCAGAGAUUAUGUCAUGUCUUCAGGGGCCUGCUCUGUGAGUCAAGCCUCCAUGGACUUUCUGCUCACACAUAAAGGCACAGGCAACAUGCUGGUUGUGGUGGUUGGUGGCCUGGCUGAGUGCAGAUACAGCCUGCCAGGCUCUACCACCCUGGUCUUGAAGAAUCGGACUGGCUUUGUACGCAUGGCCCUUCGUCAUGGAGUUCCUCUAAUCCCUGCCUAUGCCUUUGGGGAGACAGACCUCUACGAUCAGUACAUUUUCACUCCUGGGGGCUUGGUGAAUCGCUUCCAGAAGUGGAUGCAGCGUAUGAUACACAUCUACCCUUGUGCUUUCUAUGGGCGUGGCUUCACGAAGAACUCCUGGGGCCUACUGCCCUAUGCCCGGCCUGUAACCACCGUUGUCGGGAAGCCACUACCACUGCCCAAGAUUGAGAACCCGAGCCAGGAGACGGUGGCUAGGUACCACGCACUCUAUAUCGAUGCCCUAUGCAAACUCUAUGACCAGCAUAAGACCAAGUAUGGCAUCUCAGAGACCCAAGAACUGGUGAUCACUUGA